GCAAACCAAGGAGACCUUUGGGAGAACUUGAGAGCAGUUCAAUGUCAUUAAUUGAAGUUUUGUUUGCACUGCUGUAAAGUUUAGUUGAGCUGGAUUAAGGGCCCAAAAAAGAGCAAUAAGCGUCGUUUGGUGCUUGAAAAUCACAUGGCAUCCUUUUAGCCACCUUGUAAGUUUGGUCGUGCUAUGUAAAUACUUACGUGUUCACUCAGUGUAAAAAUAAUACAUUUCUAAAGAAUUGAAUAGGGCUGUUGAUCUUAAAUUUACAUAGCACGACCAAAUAUGCGAGCUGGAAACGUCACUGCGUACCAUCUAAACGCUGGAAAUAAUUAUAUCGUAUUUCAUGGACAUGGUAGAAUAUGUGAAUACUGGCUACUAUAGAAAUCACCCUUCCUUAGUAGUUCUUGCUUUCAAAAAAUCUAGUUCUAAUUGCAAAAACAAUUGAGAGUAAAAAAGUAAACUUUUUAUUCUUAGCGUCUCAACUAGUAAAAAUGUUUACUUUUUUACUGAUUGUCAAUUGCUUUUUGUUUUACUCAAAUACUCUUUGGCGGUCGUAAUUUUAAGUUCAAAUUACCUUCAUAGCAUUUUACUUUAGUAAAAUGACUCUCUAGUCAUGAAGUUUGUUCAAGCUUUUACGUUUAAGAUAAAGCUUUUUAAUUAUAGCUACAUGUGUGUAUUUUCUAUAAUUAGAAUUUCAGAAUUUACUUGUAUUUUACGCUUUCAACCAUAAACUUGCUUCAAGUAAAAAACUUUACACAAGACCAACAGUGUACUUACCGUUACCUUCGUUUUCACUCAUUGCUCUUUUUUGCAUGUAGUUGUCUCAAAAAACUCCCAGCAAAAACUUAUUGCAAAAGAAGCAUUAUAAUCAAGUUUACUUCUUAUUCAGGAUUACAGUUCACAUUGUACUAAAAUGCAAUCUUACUUUAAUCGAUGAUAAUGCAAUGUUAGUCUAUGAAGGAGACCGCCGUCCCCAUGAGUAUUUUGAUGCGCGUGCAUAUUUUCUGGUCAACGAUGCUUGUCACCUGCUCAAUGUUUGGUGCCUGUUCAACUCAUUGUCCAAUCUUAUGUAAUAUUCAUGAACACGUCAUCAAAAACCAUGAAAACAUAACGCUUUAUUAUCGAUCUGCAUUCACUUAUUUCACUACAGUAAAAGAAUAAUGAAAGACAAACAUGAAACGAAUAUAUAGCAGUACAGUGAUCGAGAAGAUUUUACUUAACCAUCUCACCGCAAAGAAUUCAUUAAGAUGAGCGAUUCUAUGUUUAGAUUAUUUUUAUACGAACAUAUGUAUUUAUGAGAAUGGAAGUUGAUCACGUUUUGCGAAUUAUUGGCGAAUUCGGGCCGUAUCAAAAAAGGUUGUACAUUAUCCUUAGCUUCGCUAUUAUUCCUGCGUCUUUUCAACUUCUGAUGAAUGUAUUUAUUGCGAGGCACACAGUAUGGAGUUGCUCAGACGUGAAUACGACCGAAAUUUGUCCCGUUAGUCGGUCGUGUGGGACGAUACGCCACAUUUCUUCCUAUACAUCAAUUGUCUCCGAGUGGAACCUUAUCUGUGAAGAUACAUAUAAAGUGGAAUUUUCACAAUCUAUUUUUAUGUUGGGUGCUCUGCUGGGUGGUCUGGGUUUGGGCAUGUUUGCUGAUAUAUAUGGCCGGCGAUCAUCUUGGUUUUUAUCAUACACCGUGAUGGUUGGUGGUGGUGUAGGUACUGCAUUGUCCACAUCCCUUAACGUACUUUUCGUGUCCCGUCUAGUCGCGGGAAUUGGAACGGGCGGAGUCCUGCUGUGUGGCUUCGUUCUAGUAACUGAGCUUAUAGGGCCCUCGUAUCGUGGUGUAACUGGAACGCUGUCCUCUUGUUUCUUUACAUUUGGACAAAUGUUGCUGCCUAUUUUUGCUUACUUGCUUCCGGACUGGCGGGAGCUCUGCCUCAUUCUUUCAUUAGUCGGCGUUAUUUUCAUGCUCUUUAUAAGAAGUAUUCCAGAAUCUCCACGAUGGUUAAUGAUAGUGGGCCGUGCCAGCGAAGCAGAAAGAAUUCUGACUGAAGCAGCUCUAAACAACGGGCUUGCUUUACCAAAAACUUUAUUGCAGAUCGGACGACCUAUGGAGCACUCACGAAGAUAUCGUGGAUGCCUGGAACUGUGUGGAAAUUGUUGCAUUGCUAAGAAAACUAUUGUUGUUGCUAUGAUAUGGUUUAUCAACAGUUUUGUUUAUUAUGGAUUAACGUUCAACAUGAAAAACAUCUAUGGAAACAUUUUUUUCAAUUUCUUCCUCACAAGUGCCAUUGAAUUACCGGCGUAUUUCCUGUCAUUCUGUAUAAUUAAUUGGAUUGGAAGAAGACGCAGUGCAUUUUACUGUAUGGCGUUUAGUGGCAUGGCUUGUUUGACAUGUCUCUUUAUUCAAACAGGAGAAACUAGCUCGUACAUGUUUCUGUCUACCGUCUCUGCCGUUCUUGGCAAAUUUGGUAUUGCAGCAUCGUUUUCAAUUAUGCACUUGUUUUCUGCGGAACUCUUUCCCACAGUUGUUAGGAAUAUUGGUAUGGGUAUUUGCUCCAUGGCUGGUAGAAUUGGCGCAGUUUUCUCACCAAUGAUUGUUUUCCUUGGAAAUUACACACAAGCGUUUCCUAUAAUGAUAUUUGGAUUGGGAGCGUUUGCGGCUGCAUUUCUCACUCUCUUGUUGGAAGAGACGUUGAAUAGGCCUCUCUCUGAAACACUACAAGAUGAUCUACCGAGUGAAGAGUUUGGUAAAUAUGUUUAUUCAUAUCAGCAAGCAAAUGCUGUCAGCGAUGCUUUCUGUGAUGACGACCUGGAGGAGAACGUGUUCGCGCUUAUUGAUUCGGACGUUGAAAACGACUUUCCGGCAACUCUUGACAACAAGAGGACUUUUAGCUUGUUGUGUUUAUCAUUCAUAAAAAUGUGGCACGAAGCGAGAAAGCAAGAACGUAAAAUCCGCGGAAUAAUGGUGAACUACAAAAAACGUGCUGAACGAAGAAGAGCAUUUUACGAGCGAAUGAAAACUGAUCCCACAACGUUUCUUCGACUUCAGGGCUCGAGCUGCAAGAUUCAUAUUCAACAUCAAAAUUCUGAUGGCAUGAAUAUGAUGCCUUGGCAAGGCGACCGAAACGUAAUGAUUGAUAGAUUUGAUGUCAGAGCUCAUCUUGAUUACAUUCCCGAAAGUGUGCAUUCACAAACUGAUAGAUGGGCAAAUAAUGCCGAGGAAAGAAAACUGAACUACGAGCGUUAUCGUACUCUAGUCAUGAUAGAAGCAUCCGGAAUGUCUGAGGAAAAUUACCUCAAACAAUUAAGGCAAGAGGAAGAAAAUCCCAAAGCGAUUGUUGAGGCAUUUGAAAGGAAAGAAAAGCCAACACAGAAAGCAAGUAUAGGGUAUACAUAUGAAAAUAGCGAUUUUGUUGCUAAUGAGACUGAAAAAGGUUCUGGUAGUGACAGUGAUAGUGACCUAGAUUUGGAUAUUGAUAUUGCCAUUAAUCUUGAAGAACUGGAUAGUGAGCAGGUGAAAGAACUUGACACCUUGUCGCUCAAGUUUGGAAUGGAACCCGGAAAAUAUUGUUCAUUACUGAGAGCUGAUAAGGAUGAAGCUGAGCAUGUGCAGAAGGUUCAGGAUGAAGAAGAGGCAAGGAGCCAGCUUCGUGGAAGGCGUGCUAAAAGGGAUCGACGUUCCCUUAAGGAGCGCCAAAGAGGUACAAUAAGCACAUCCCCUUUAAGUUAUCUUAGAAAAUCCAGUCCCUCGUACGAGGCCUAUCGUGAAAGCAGAUCAAGGUCUUGUUCAUCUUCAUCGGGUGGCGAAACUGCCAAAGUUGAAUACAUAACUGAGUUUGGGGCUCAGAAUUCAAAAGGCAAUAGUUCCUCAAACUUGCUGAUCAAAAAAACCCAGAACGAUGGCAAACGAAAGCUAAGUAAAAGGUUUGAGAAUAGCAGAACGAAAAGAUCUCGUUCAACAUCCAAAGAUGGUCAUUCACACUUCAGGUCAAGGUCAAGGUCGAGGUCAAUUUCACGCUCUCGGUCACGCUCCAAUUCACCUCGAAAUCGUCGAUAUGGUAGAAGCCGUUCUCGUUCAACAUCUUUAGAGCGAUAUCGUGGUAGAGAUGGAUCUUCGAGUGAUAAACGGCUUCCAGACAAGAAGAAAACGGAGAAGGCUAAAUCUUCAUUGUCGGGCGAUAAGGCAAAACUAACUCCUCAAGAGAAAUUAAAAAAACGGAUGCAGCUAGCUUUAAAUAAACAGUUGAAAAUAGACAAGAAGGAAGAAAGGAAGAAAAAAGAAGUAAAAGAACAAGAAAGACAGGAAAGAGACGAUGAUUUAAGGGAAGUUUCAAAACGCUGGAAAGAUAAGAAAAGAUACAGGUACAGUCGUAGUCGUAGCAGAUCUUACUCUCCCGAUUACAGGAUGUAAUUUGUUGAUGUUACAAUAAGGAAACUCAAAACAGUAUCAGUAUCCUGUAUUUUAAAUAUUACCAUCUCGAAUGCUACUAGCAGUGAAACUUUACUUUCUAUUUCAUCAUUCUUCGAAUUGAACUUGUGCUAUAUUCCUACGAAAGAGAUCGUGAUGUUUUUCUGCUUUGUACAAAAAGUAGCUACGUAGAUUGCACACUAAAACCUCGAAGAGGAAUUCGCUAAUGCAGUUUUAUGUCGAAAAUAGUAUUGUCAACAAGUGAAGAUAAAAUGAAAUUUACUUAUGAGUAAAA